CCGCUAGAUGGCGCCCAUGCACUAUAACCCGCUGAGCAGCGCCACCGCCUCCGGCCGCAGGGCGGCGCUGGCGGCGCCACGCAAUGGGGCGGUGGCGGCCGAAGAAGUGUGGAAGCAACUCGCCUCGCCUCGCUUGUCGACAUCUUGUGAUGGACUAACCUCGGUAAAGCAGGCCCCGGGCUGCGCUGAGGGAGGCUGACGCCCGGGUGACGCCCGGGUGACGCGGGCUCCACCAUGGCGGAGACUUCCGCCGCCGCCGCCGCCUUGCUCCGCAGCCAGAAGGCGAAGCUCAUCGACAUCCUGAGCGCAGACUCCGACUUCCUGCUGCAGCACGCAGACGCGCGCUCGCUCCUCUCUGCGUCUGCGUACAAGAGGGCGCGAGCUGUCAGCGACCCCUGUGGACAGGUGAGGGACGUGCUGGACCACGUCCUCCAGCGCGGCCCCGCGGCUUCCCAAGGCCUGCUGGACCUUCUGGGCAGCAGCGCGCUGCAGGAGACCUUCCCUCUGCUCAAAGACCUGACCGUGGAGCGCCAGUCUUCGGGUGAGACCGACACGUUUGACCGGCAUGGUUUUGAUCAAAGACGGCUUCCAGGGCCCCCGGUGAAGAGAAGGUGUGUGGGCCACGCCGAGCGUCCACCUGGGCUGGUGACGGAGAAGCAGCUGAUGAUGGUGGCGCGCGUGCUGGGCCGGUCCUGGAAGGCCAUCGGGAGACAGGCUCUGGAGAUCCCUACUGUGAAGCUGGAGCAGGUGGAGGAGGACCAUCAGACCCACGUGGAGCGAGUCUUCGCCAUGCUGCGCAUCUGGCAGAGCUGCCAGAGAGACCAGGCCACGGCGGCACACCUGCACUUCCUGUUGAGUCAGGAGGACUGCGCACUGCCGGCGGACGCCAUUCACUUCCUGCUGGAGACAGACUGAGGCGGAGCGUCAGCGCGCUGACUCUCUGCUGUGAUUGGUCGGUCCCGAGAGCGGGGUGAUGUGACAUCAGCGAGCUGGACCAGGGAUGAAAACAAUCUGACAAAAGGACUUUAUUGUGCCUCUUCUGUUUAUAUGGCUU